AUGCCCUCGCUUCCAGAGUUCACAAAACCAGCAGAGCUGUACUACGACGAAAAAGAAAGCAAAAAGUAUCACAAGAACUCUAGAAUCAUUAAAGUGCAAUCGGAAAUGGCAGAAAGGGCCAUUGAUCUCCUGGAAAUAGAUGAUAAGUCACCAUUGAUCCUGGACAUCGGUUGUGGAAGUGGGCUGAGUGGAAAAGUUUUGGCUGAAAGAAAUUGCGAAUGGAUUGGAGUGGAUAUCUCACCAGAAAUGCUAAAAAUAGCCUCAAGCAAUACAUCAAGCAGCGGAUUGAUCUGCUUUGAUAUUGGAAACGGAUUUCCAUUCAAGGAAGAGUCUUUUGACUACGCCGUUAGCAUCAGCACCGUUCAGUGGCUUUUUCAUUCAUUUCAGAAGGAUCACAUUCCACAAAAGCGAAUUAGAUCCUUUUUCAGGUCUCUUUAUGACACAGUUAAAAAAAGAGUGGUAAUUCAGUUCUAUUGCUCUGAGAAGCAGGUUGAAAUGCUCAAAAACGAGGCAAUUAGGGCUGGGUUUGAUGGAGGAUUGGUAACUGACGGUGAAAAUACAAAAAACUGUAAAAACUUUCUCGUUUUGAAUAAGUAUACUGCCAAACCAAAUACCAAAAAAAGUAACCAAUCCAAAAGCUCAAUAUAA